CUGAUGUGCUCGUGAGUGUUUGUCUCUUUAAGUAUCUGUCGUCUGUGGGAAUAUGGCGGAAACAAGCGAAUCUUCAGCUGCUGACGCUUCCUCUGAGGUCCGGAUGGUUCUGUUGGGUCAGACGGGAUCAGGCAGGAGUUCGGCUGGAAACACCAUCCUGGGCCGAUCCGCGUUCUGGACGGACGUCUCGCCCGUGUCCGUCACCAGCCGCUGCCAGCGUGCGGGGGGUGUAGUGGAUGGGCGGAGCCUGCGGGUGAUUGACACUCCGGGGUUCUUCCACACCUGCAUGAGCCAUGAUGAGGUCCGUGCGGAGCUGAGCAGGUGUGUGGAUCUGUCGGCGACCGGACCGCACGUGUUCCUGCUACUGCUGCGGGCCGGACGGAUGACGCAUGAGGGUAGCGCCGGUCUCGACUGGAUCCGUGCCGCGUUCGGACCACAGGCGCUCCGGUUCACCGUAGUUCUGAUCACGUGGGGCGACGCGCUCGGGCCAAAACCUGUCGAGGACUUCCUAAAGGAGAGCACGGAAUUAUGGGAGUUUGUGUGCGAGUGUGCGGGCGGAUAUCACGUGUUUGAUAACACUAAAGGUCACGAGGAGAGGUCGCAGGUCACCGAGCUGCUGAAGAAGAUCGAUCUGUUGAUUCAGCGUAACGCAGGAGCACAUUACACCGGAGACAUGCUGCUGCAGGCCGAGAGCGCCGUACGCCACAUGCAGCAGAGGAUUCUGGGAGAGGAACAGGAGGAGGGCGAUGAAGAGGUGAAGAAGAGUGCGGAGGGCCUGUUCUGGUACGAGCUGCUCAGCGCUGUGGGCCGCGGCGCCGUGGAAGCGUCCGGCGUGAUGGAGAAAGGGAAGGGCAAAGGGAAGAAGGUCAAAGCCGUGCAGAGGGCGGCGGCCAUCGCCUCCACGCCGCUGUCAAUCACAACCGCUGCUAAAGUGAUGGGCGGAGCCGUGAGAGAGGGAACUAAAGUGCUGUACAAACACAAGAAGACACUCCUGCACUAACACACACACUUAUAUUUUCCCUUCUGAUUUAGGGGUUAAAGAGAUUACUUUAAAUGAUAACGUCUGUUCAAACAUCACAAUUGUCUGAUUGACUUCAUGAACU